AUGAGUAUUCUUGGUCGAGUUUUGUAUUCUUGGAGAACUUCUCAUACGGACACCGUCCCUAGCACGGCCAAUAAAAGGAGGUCGUGGCGACUCAUUCUUGUGUGUUUCAAGAAGCCGAACGGUCCGAAAAUAUUGGCACAGUCACCCACCAUGAAGCUUCUGGUCACUUCACUCUGUAUCGUCCUUGUGAGGGGGGCACCCGAUGGAUACGGAAGUGGUGGUGGUGGCUCUUCGGGCGGUGGAGGAUUCUCAGGAGGAGGAGGAUUUUCCGGUGGUGGAGGAUUUUCCGGUGGAGGAGGAUUCUCUGGUGGUGGAGGAUUCUCUGGAGGUGGAGGUAGUGGUGGUGGAGGAUCUGGAUAUGGAGGAGGAGGAUGCAAUGCGGGAGAGGUUCUUCAUGUUGAUGGCUCCUGUGUCGUUCCCAUAAUCUCACGGAACGUAUUUGUCUAUGAUGCUCCCGAACAGAAAGAAGAAAGCGGGCCACCGCCAAGUAUUCCUCCACCAAGAAUCGACCACAAUAUCCUAUUUGUUCGCGUUCCCGAGAAGGGAGCAGCGCCUGAGCCAAUCAUCGUUCCUCCACCAAGGCAACAGAGCGUGGUGUACGUUCUGAAUAAGGACGAUGGAGGAGGAGGACAGCAAGUGAUCGAAGUGACAGCUCCUCCACCGUCCAACCCUGAGGUUUACUUCGUCAACUAUGCUGAAGGUGAUAACCCUCAACUGCCUAUUGGAGUUGAUCUCCAGACUGCUCUCCAAGCGGCUGCCAACGGCGGAGGACAAGUUAUCGGCGGAGGCGGCGGAGCAGGUGGAUUUGGCGGCGGUUCUGGUGGCGGAUUUGGCGGUGGUUCCGGCGGAGGAUUUGGCGGUGGUUUCGGUGGAGGUUCCGGCGGCGGAUUUGGCGGUGGUUCCGGCGGUGGAUUUGGCGGUGGUUCAGGCAGUGGUUCCGGCGGUGGAUUUGGCGGUGGUUCAGGCGGUGGUAGUGGGCUUGGCGGUAACUAUAGUCCUCCAGCUCCCUCAAGUGUAUAUUCUGGUCCCUAAGCGGCGGGUAAUAAUGCUGUUCUCUUCCACAUAACUAAUUACGUCAUUACAAUGUGGGGAUAUUAUUAACUUAUCGUUAUUGUUUAGUUUUGUUAUAUUUUUUACAAGUAAAAUAUAAUCAAAUA